GCUGGAGGGGCCACCUGCUCGCCUCCUCCGGUUCCUCUUCUCCUUCUCCUCCUUCGCCGCCGCCUCCCUCGCCGCCACCAUGAUGUCCAUGAACAGCAAGCAGGCGUUCAGCAUGCACCCCAUCCUGCACGAGCCGAAGUACACCCACCUGCACUCCAGCUCCGAGGCCAUCCGGAGAGCCUGCCUGCCCGCCCCGCAGCUGCAGAGCAAUUUCUUCGCCGGCCUGGACGAGACGUUGCUGCGCGGGGCCGAGGCGCUGGCGGCCGUGGACCUGAUCUCUCAGAAGACCCACCACCCCUUCAAGGCGGACGCCACUUACCACACCAUGAGCAGCGUCUCCGUCUCCUGCACGCCCACCUCCUCCUCCGUCCACCUGCACCCGCCCGCGGGGCUGAGCGGCCACGCGCACCACGCGCACCCCCACCAGCCGGCCCAGGGCCUGGAGGGCGAGCUGUUGGAGCACCUGGCCUCGGCCUUGCCGCUGGCCGACGUGGGCGUCGCGCCCGCCCACCCGCACCCGCAUCCCUCCGCUCACCUGCCGGGCCUCAACGGCCUGGGCCACCACACGCACGGGCAGCCGCCCCUGGCCAUGGGCUCCCCGCCUCCCCAGGGCCUGGCCUCGCACCCGGCCGUCCUGGCCGGCGCCGAGACGGAGACGGACCCGCGCGAGCUGGAAGCCUUCGCCGAGCGCUUCAAGCAGCGGCGCAUCAAGCUGGGCGUGACCCAGGCCGACGUGGGCUCGGCCCUGGCCAACCUCAAGAUCCCCGGCGUGGGCUGCCUCAGCCAGAGCACCAUCUGCCGCUUCGAGUCGCUCACCCUCUCGCACAACAACCUGGUGGCCCUCAAGCCCAUCCUGGAAGCCUGGCUGGAGGAAGCCGAGCGCGCCCAGCGCGAGAAGCUGGCCAAGCCCGAGGCUUACUCGACGGGCGACAAGAAGCGCAAACGUACCUCCAUCGCCGCGCCCGAGAAGCGCUCGCUCGAGGCUUACUUCGCCGUCCAGCCGCGGCCCUCCUCCGAGAAGAUCGCGGCCAUCGCCGAGAAACUCGAUCUCAAGAAGAACGUGGUGCGGGUCUGGUUCUGCAACCAGAGGCAGAAACAGAAGCGCAUGAAGUUCUCCGCCGCUUAUUAG